AUUGGAGCUGUGAGAGUUCCUCUGGCCCGGAUCUCCAGAUGUCUUCAGUGUGCAGGUGGUGUAACUGUAGUUUUACACAAGGCUUCCUGGGGGAGAUGGCGUUGGGCGUCGUUUAGAUUUAGCUGGGUGGAGACGGGCAUAGGUUGUGGGGGUGGAUUGUGAACAAGGCACGGAGAAGAGGUCUGGGUUUGGGUUUGUGCCCAGGCUGCCCAGCAGAUUUUAGAGAGGUGCCUUGAAUUGUGGGUUUGUUGUACCCAAGUCGGGAAAGUUCUGGGAAGCACCCAGCACUUAAGCAGUCCUUGGCUAACGGAAGUGUUAUUGAGGAAGAGGUGCAGCGUGGAGAGGCAGGGUGUUGCCGUUCUCGGAGAGAGAAUGUGGGUGGGUGGUGCUGGGCUAAUCUUGAGGGUUCUGUGGAGGAGCUGAGGAGCCUCUUUUCUCCCUGGGAAUGAGAACAAGGGCCCACCAGCGUCAGAUGGGAAAGCUUGGCUGAGAUUGGAGGUCACUGUAGCCUGGGAUUUGCCAUGCCUUUCUGUGCUGGCCUCUGGGGCCCCUUCACCCAUGCAAGCAGAACACUCAGCCAGCGCAGUUUCAGCACCACCGGGAGCCUCAGUGCAAUUCAGAAGAUGACGCGGGUCCGUGUGGUGGACAACAGUGCCCUGGGGAAUACACCAUACCAUCGCCCUCCUCGUUGCAUCCAUGUCUAUAACAAGAACGGGGUGGGCAAGGUGGGCGACCGGAUACUACUGGCCAUCAAGGGACAGAAGAAAAAGGCCCUCAUUGUGGGGCAUCGCAUGCCCGGUCCCCCGAUGACCCCUAGGUUUGACUCCAAUAAUGUGGUCCUCAUCGAGGAUAAUGGGAACCCUGUGGGGACCCGAAUUAAGACACCCAUCCCCAGCAGCCUACGCCAAAGGGAAGGUGAAUAUUCCAAGGUGCUGGCCAUUGCUCAGACCUUUGUGUGAGCAGGGCUCAGGCCCUUGGCUGCGGUAGGAAUCAUGGGAGGGAACCUGUGGCCUGUGGCUGGGGAAUAGUGUCCGAUGAAAAAAUAAACCCUUUCAUGUAUGUUUCCUCCUGAA